AUGCAUUUUCCGACAACUGAAACCAUUUUUCUUUUGUUAUUUUGGCUGUUCCCACGACUGAUCCAUUCUACAACCUUCAAAAUAUUUUUGUAUUUCUCUGUUGAUACUAUUCUUUCUUUCUAUUUCUUUCUUUCUAUUUCUUUCUUUCUAUUUCUUUCUUUCUAUUUCUUUCUUUCUUUCUAUUUCUUUCUUUCUAUUUCUUUCUUUCUUUCUAUUUCUUUUUGUUCAUUUAUUCAUUCUUUCUUUUGCCAUUUUUCUUUCUGUUUGCUUUUCACAUUCUUUCGAUUGCUUUCUACCUUCUUUUUGUUUUUCCUUAUUUCUCCCUUUCCUCUUUCUUUUCUUUUCUCAUUCUUUUCUUUUCUCUUUCUUUUCUUUUCUCAUUCUUUUCUUUUCUCUUUCUUUUCUUUUCUCUUUCUUUUCUUUUCGUUUUUUAUCUUUUCUUUUCAUUUCCUUUUGUUUUUCGUUACUUCUUCAAUUUUUUUUCUUUCUUUAUUCUUUUUUUUAUUUUUGUUUUUCCUUUCGCUUUUCUUUCUUGGUGGAUUUCUUCUUUUUUUUUUCUUCUUCAUGUUUUUCGCUGUUUCUUUCCGUUUGCUUUUCAUUCAUUUUUCUUUUUCUUAUUGCUUUUUUCUUUCUUUUUUUAUCUUUCUUUUGUCAUUUAUCUUUUUUCUUUCUUUUCUUUUUUUGUCUUUAUUUUUAUAUUUUUCUUUCUUUUUGAUUUUCAUUAUUGCAUUUGCUUUACCUUUUUCUUUUUUGCUGAUACUUGUUGAUACUUUCACUUUUACUCUUCAUUGUUUCUUUCAUUUUUCUUUUUUCUUCUUCCUUCUUUCUUUAUUUUCGCCUUCCCUUCUUUCUUACUUUUUCCUCUUUUUCUUUUCUCUCUUUCUCUUUUCUCGUUUUACCUUUCAAUUUCUUUUCCUUUAUUUUUCUCCUCUUUUUCUUUCACUUUCUUCUCUUCUUCCCAUAUUUUGA